CGCAUCAAAGACCACCUGCAGAACAAUAAACUCGACCUCUCUCAACUGAAACAUGUUGUUCUGGAUGAAGUAGACCAAAUGUUGGACAUGGGAUUUGCAGAGCAGGUUGAAGAGAUUUUGUCUUCAUCAUAUGAGAAAGGCUCCGCCUCCAACCCACAGACUCUUCUGUUUUCGGCCACCUGCCCUCCCUGGGUUUACGAGGUUGCUAAGAAAUACAUGAGACCAGAGUGCAAACAUGUCGAUCUGAUCGGCAAGAAAACACAGAGAGCUGCAACAACUGUAGAACAUCUGGCCAUAGCGUGCCACUGGUCACAGCGUGCAGCUGUAAUAGGAGAUGUGAUCCAGGUUUACAGCGGCAGCCACGGCAGGACCAUCGUGUUCUCUGAGACGAAGAAAGAUGUCAACGAACUUACCGUGAAUGCAUCCAUCAAACAGAGUGCCCAGUGCCUCCAUGGUGAUAUUGUUCAGAAACAGAGAGAGUUGACGCUGAAGGGCUUCAGGAACGGGGCGUUUGAGGUUCUGGUUGCCACCAACGUUGCAGCCCGUGGAUUAGACAUCCCUGAAGUCGACCUGGUGAUCCAGUGUUCUCCACCCAAGGAUGUGGAGUCAUACAUCCAUCGUUCAGGACGUACGGGCCGAGCCGGCAGACCUGGAGUCUGCAUCUGUUUCUACCAGAGGAAAGAGGAGGACCAGCUGCGCUAUGUAGAACACAAAGCAGGUAUCGCAUUCAAACGAGUUGGCGUUCCCACUGCCAACGAUAUCAUCAAGUCCUCAAGCAAGGAUGCCGUCAGGUAUCUGGACUCUGUUCCAAUUACAGCCAUCGCGUACUUUAGAGCGUCAGCUGAGAAACUGAUCGGCGAGAGAGGAGCGGUCGAUGCUCUCGCCGCUGCCCUGGCACAUAUUUCUGGAGCCACAAGUCUCGAGCAGAGGUCACUGCUCAACUCUGAUACUGGUUUCACCACUGUGCAGAUGGUGUGUUCCCAGGAGAUGCAUAAUCUGGGUUACGCCUGGAGAUCCAUCAAAGAGCAGCUCGGAGAAGAGUUUGAGAACCAAAUUCAACGAAUGACCUUCCUCAAAGGCAAAACAGGAGUUUGUUUUGACAUCCCAGCUGACAAAGUCAAGGAGGUUCUGGAGGGCUGGAAGGACGGUCGGCGUUGGCAGCUGACUGUAGCCACAGAGCUCCCAGACCUGGAGGAGAAGCAGUUCAGUGGUGGUGGUGGUGGAGGAGGAGGAGGAGGAGGAGGAGGGUUCAGAGGUGGGAGAGGGCGUGGUUCUGGGGGAUAUGGUGGCCGUAGUAACGGGUUUCGGAGCGGUGGCUAUGGCGGUCGCGGUCGCGGCGGCUUUGGCGAAAAAAGAGGGACACACAAACGCAACUUCAGUGACGCUUUUGAUUAUUGAAGUGCCAACCUGGGGACUGAUAAGACUGACUGCCACGCAUCUGGGCUGGCAGGGUUUUUAUUGGCUGUGAGUGAGUGAGUGGAAUCAAUGGAUUUCCAUCAUCAGCUUUCAGAUAUUCAGAAGUUUCAUAUACAGUACAUUAAAUUACAAACAUCCCCUCUUUCAAAAUAAAGUGAAAGUUCCAUGAUAUCUGAGUAAAUUACAUUUAUUUCCAACUAGCCAUUUCCUGCUGGUUUAAGAUCAGACUUUCUGUGUGCAGUUUAUUUACACAGGACCACUGGCAGUGUGUGCUUCUUUUAGGUGACACAUAAGUGGAAACUCACGAAGUGACAUUUUUACUACAUGUAUUAGAGCAUCAUUCAGUUGCUAUGUCUUGAAUGGCAUAGGAUCAAAACCAUUGGGAAAUCAAUCUAUAGUAAAAGUUUAGCAUUACAUAAUGACUGAAAAUGAGAUGAAUGUGUCAUUCAUUGAGUUUUAUGUAAAAGUGUUCCUCUUUUUUUUUUUUUUUUGUUGUACUGGGCGUUUGGGGAUCGGUGGCAGUAAUCAGACUUGAGCCGUUGUCCAAAAAUGGAAGGUGCCUCAUUCUGACCGAACAACAUGCUACUUGUUACAUGACUACAGAUAACUCUGAGUAGAAAGGUGCACACAACCUUUAAGGUUGUGCUCAGUGUCAGGUUGCUGCCUUACCGUCGGCUGAAACUCUUCCCCAAAAUAUAUUGGAUGAUUGCUUUGCAAUUGCGUCUAUUUAAGAACUGUAUCUACUGCUUCCAUUCAUUUGAAUGAAAUGACUUCUUCAUUAAAAAAAAGGUCAACUCCGGUUGUGUUUAUUCUUUUUAAAGGGGUGUGAAAAUAAGCAUGUAUAGAUUUGAA